AAGCUACAAGCUACGAUUUAUAAGGAAGGAUUUUGCUGUAAAGUUUCCAUAGACCGGGAUUAAAUCAAACUUAAUACAAUAUAUUUGUUUUCAUUAACCUAUCUUGAAAAGAAGUUGUUGGAAUCCUAAUCUUGAAAAGUAUCAACAUUACAUAAAUUCUAAUAACACAUAUUUCAAUAAGGAAUUAAGAUACUAAUAGAAAAACAACAUUUGAAUGACAAUUUGUAUUGAAAAUGUCGAAGGGGAAAUCACAGAAAUAAUCUCAUACCCUUUGUUGUAAAAUCUGGAAAAUUCUUUACAAAAUCUGAAAAAUCUCCAACAAAUCUGAAAAAUCUAAAAAAGUCCUCUAUACUUUUGCAAUUUUCCUUCUAACAAUGUGCUACGAAUUGGCUAGAUAUGCAAUUUGGGAGAAUUAUAGAUAAAUGUAGCAGGGCUAAAUGUUAGUAGGGAUAAAUUCGUAGGGAUAAAUGCUUCAAACUGGACAAAAACUUAGUAGGGAUAAAUGUUUAAAACUGUCAACAAUCAAACUUAUUGCAAAUAGCAAGAUGUCAAAUAGCAAAUAGCAAUUAAUGCACAUAAAAUUACUGCCCCGUCCCAUUUAAACAAUCUAACGACCCACCAAAUAUGUUGGAUGUUAAAUUAAAUAUUGUAAAAUGGUUGGUCAAGUGAACACCUUGACCAAAAUUGCUUGAUGUGCGCAUGUAGCUCGUGUAUCUCGCGUGUCUCUUUUUUGAGCCUGUUUACUCUUUGGUUUCGCCGUUUUAUUUUUCCUGAAGUAAAUUGAAUGCCAUAUCUGGUCGAAUCUGAAAUUUAUUUAUUAUAGCCAUAAUGUUGAUAAGAUUUGAAGAAGGUUUACAUAAUGACUCGGCUCAAAAUUGCGAGAGCUCCAGAACUUGACCCCUAGACCUUACUGAGAAUUCUGUACUGCCCAAUAUCCCAAGGCAUCAAGAAGGAUUGUGUCAAACUAAAAACUCUUUUCAGUUUGAUAUGAUCAUCGCAUGUUGACUCAGAACUGCAACCUUUCCAGCCCACCAGGUAAAGCAUCACUCUAGGUCUGCCUCUUACCUGGCAGGUUGUUUACAGUCCUGUAGAGUACAUACCUGUCAAGCUACUGAGGUGUCAAAACCUCAAGCUUGUUUACAAGCAACAAUUAAACCAUAAGAAAACCAUAUUUUUGUCAUUCGUUGUUUCUAUGCUUCAAAGAAAUUGCGGGACCGUAUUUACUUCUUCAAAAAGAAAUAAAUACGGUUAUUCAAAAAUGUUAGAACCUAGUGACUUAUAAACGGACACGUGACACCAUAUUGCCUAAAGCCUUACGUUGAUGACGUCGUCAAUAUAGAUCCUGUAGACUAGGUCCAAUGUUAGAUGUAUUAAUGAAAGGUGCGUUUUCUAUUGCAGUUGAUUACCAGCUUGUAUUUUAUGUUCAAUAUUCUAUUAUCAUGCGCAAUUUGCCCGAAAUCAAUCCCUUGAAUUAUUCAUGAGAAAAAUUUUCUACUGAAAUGUAAGAACAAAACCGCUUGUAAAUGUUUGUACACGGCAGUCGAAGUAUAAUUUGCAAUGUUAAAGUACAGGCGAUGAAGCGUCUAUAAUUCAAAAUGGUAUCUAAAUGCGAAUACCUUGGAUAUACCUAUGAAGAUGUCUCUUCAUACAAGGUUUCUUUGAUACUCAUAUCUCUUGUCAUACUCAGCAUUGCGUUACCAGCGAUGUUACUGAACGGGUCAAUAUUGGUAGCAAUAUACAGGAAAGCAAAAUUUCAUGUACCAGCUUAUUUCAUAAUCAGUAACCUUGCACUGACAGAUUUAAUGGCCUCUGUAUUCACAUAUAAUGCGUAUGCUGUGAUAUGCAUUUUGUUUGUUGCGAGACAAGAUGCCUGUAACGUGGCAUUAAUUGUUGCACCGAUUUCUUAUCUCUUGGGUUUUGUGAGCUACCAGACAGUGGUGUAUCAAGCAGUGGAAAGAUAUAUUGCAAUUUUUUAUCCUCUUUGGUAUCAUGAAAGAUUUCACAACAAAUAUGCCCUUCUUGGGGUGGCUGUUGUUUGGGGCAUCUCUGUCUUCAGCACUGCGCUCUGGUUUACGGUGAAAAACAGUAUAGCAAUUGAAUUGUACUUUGGAGUUACAUCAGUAGCAGAUCUCUUCGUUGUAAUAUUUUGCCAUACAAGGAUUCUCUGUCAGGUACGAAAGACACAAAGACAAAUCAGUGAGCAAUUAUUGAACCACGAAGAAAGGAAGAAAUUCAUUGCCGAAUCUCGUGUAGCUAAGGUAACAGCGACUAUAUUGUCUGCUUUUCUUGUGUGUUACCUUGCAGAAUUAACAAUGCUUUCCCUCAUGUCUACCUCACCAAAGGGUAAGGCACAAUUCGGAGUGUUCCAGUACUGGUCAUGGUUUCUGUGUUUAGCAAACUCAAUAGUCAACCCAAUCAUAAUUCUUCAUCAACUACGUACUCUCCGGAAGUCAGUGGUUAUCAUUUGUGGUGUGACCAAAUGUUUCUCGGCAGGGUCCCCAGAGAAUCAAUCAACUUUUGCAAUGACAAGCCAGCAAUAAAAUUUCAUCUGAUUAUUUUGAUAUCUUUCAAAGCAUCCUACACUGCCAUCACUGCACUGUUUAUUUUGAAUAGUAUUUAAAGCAAUCUACACUGACAUGAAAUUACAUCCCCUGUUUAGUUUGAAUAUUUAUAUCAAUGCCAAACCGUUGUCAUAUGAAUCAAAUCCAGUAAGUUUAGAAAGACUUUCCCUCUCUCUGUAUUGAAGAUCUCAAGAACAACACAUCCAUAACAUAACAUAACAAGAUUUUUUAUUUUCAAAUGCAUGUUCUAAGAGGCAUUAUUCAUUUAACAUCAUUAGCUUAAAUAAAUUAAUUUUGUAGCAAAUGUUUAAGCACAAUAAGUAAAAAUGGUAAUAAUCGAAAAUAUUUUUACAUUUGAGGAUGAAUAAGUAGAUGGAAUAAACAGUAGCUUCUAUUUUUAAAGGAAAAGAAAACAAAAAAAAGCAGUUGAGUUAACUUUAUCGAGAAAUCAAACCUCUUAUCGUCUACUUUACUCAGAAAUGUAAUUGCACAUUGGCAGUCAAUAAAAGUCUUGAAAAGGCUUCUAGAUUCAUGUAGAAACAUCUAUUCGUUGUUGAGUUUAUAAUAAAGUAUCAAUUGAAAUACAUCAAUAAAAGUAACCUGCAUCAAGAUUGACUAAUGAAGUUUUCUAGUUCCUUGCUACUGAAAUAUAUGGAGGGAUUUCUGAUUUCAGUAUUAAUGAGUUUUGACUGAAUUGCCUCCUGCCCACGUAGAUAACCAGUCCAUACAUCUGCAUACAUACUCGAGCUUCGUUAUUCAUCGAUUUGGGGUACAUUUCUUUACAAAGCUAAUUUUCUCCUCACUUUUGUCUUUCGGCAACUACAUUAAGCUUAUGAAAAAACUUAGUUCUCUUAUAUAGCUAGAGUUAUACGUUAUAUGGAAUUAAAGCCUAUUUAGUUUUUUCGCAUCACCGUUAUUUUGUAUUGCAUCUAUUGUAGCAAUUCUCGGUGAAAAGAGAUGCAAUUAUAUUCCUGUUUGUGGCGUGUGAGUAAGAUCAAGGUUCACGCAUGACUCAUCCACGCCCUCCUUGCUUUCGAACUCAAUUUAACACGGCAUACAAUGAAAAUGCUAGAACAUUAUUUUUGCUACUGAGAAAGAGUUCAAACGGUCGAAGUUUUAUAUUUAUAUUCUGACGAAAAAGAGGAAACAAAAAGAAUUAAACACCAGCAAGUUUCCUUCCUACAUUCAUAAAAAUGUUUAAACUUCUUAUCCACUUAGAAUAAUCUGAUUUUACUGAAUGUUUUCAUUACCAAGGCUAAACACGCAGCAUGCAUUUUUCAACAUUUUACAAUAUUGAAUAACAGCAUUGAUAGAAAGGGACUUGUAGGGGCAGUGUUCAUGGGCCCCUCAAAGGUUUGUAAUCGGGUAAGAUAUUGUUUUUUAAUAGAAAGGUGAGUGCUUAUGCACUGAACUUGGAUUCCCAUCAGCUUAUGAGAAGCUAUCUUUCUAAGAGACAACAGAGAGUAAAGAUCAACAACUCUUUUAGCUAAUGGAAAGAAAGAAAAAUUGGAGUACCCCAAAGGUCGUUACUAGGGCCUUUAUUGUUUAAUGUCUUGUCAAUAAUAUUUUCUUUUGGUUAACCUCACAUACCGCUGAUGAUACAACAAUCGUUGCAUGCCAUCCUGAUAUUUAUGCCAUUGUUACACAGUUAGAAGAAGAUGGCUUUUUAUGAUAAAAUUUUUUUCGGACGACUUUUCAAAACUAAACGAUGCCAAAUGCCACCCAUUUUGUGGGUUUUUAGCGUAUCUGUAAGCUUGAAAAUUGCAAAUAUAGAUUGUUGGAGCUAAUUAGCUUUUUAGCUAUAGAUGAAUAAAUUUGUAGUGCCAACAGAAGAGAAAUUUUUAUGAGUGAUAACAAUAACAAUGAUAAAAAUUGUAGCUAAGGUAAUUUCUUUUAAAUGAUCCUCGACCCCAAUUCUACAUCUCUUUCUCUACCAAUUUGUCAAAUAGACUUAACUUUGAUAUAAUCAAGUUUGGAUUCUUAAGAUUAUAUGUCAAAUGCUGAUGCCUUGACAUAUUGCACUUUCUAGUUUCCAUUGCUGAUCCUCAGCACGUUUCUUAAAGAAGAUGACGACAUAAUCUACAAAUUAAUUAUUUAAAUUAAUAGACAGGUGUCAAACCUAAACCUAGUAAAGCUUCUAUUGUUUAGCAUUGUUCACUAAAUUUGUUGAUCUUUGUUCGUAUAUGUAAAUGAAGCUUCCCAAUGGAAAUUGGACUGUCGAAAUAGGUGGUGCCAGGGCAGAGUUAAGUAGGCAAUAAUCAACGGCGUAAUGGACUGAAGUUACUUUUAGUUCAAAAACUAGGGGCUCCCAACUUUAAGGGGCCUGGCAGAAUUUUAUUUAAUGCUGGUAAUCUUGAUUUGAUCAUGUGAUAAACAAGUACAGGGCCCUUAGCUUGCAGGAUAUCUCACUCUUAUAACUAGGGGGUCCCUACCUGAAGAAUUCCUAAGGGGCCCGGGCUCCGUUACGCUAUUGUCAAUGAUAUCAAGCAUUUAGCCUCAGUAUCAUCACUAUUUGUCGAAAAGAGGUAAGCACAUUCCGUAGAAGUAUGCCAGAUGCAAGAAUGGUAAGUACAUUCAUUUGCUGAUUUUUGACAGUUCAAAUGCGAUGGGUCUUAAUCAACUGCCAGGAAUUAUACCCAUAACGGGUUCAAUAUAAAGAGUUUCAUGAUGGCAUUCAUUAAACUGCCAUUCAUUCUGUUGUAAGACAUAUGAGAUCAUCAAGAAUCAGAGAACUGAACAAAUGCAGAGCUUUAUCUCAAAAUUAUUUAUGUAUUUAUGUUUUAAGGCUUUUGUCAAAACGCAUUUAAGUCUAUAUUUAUGUUUUUUACUGAAUAGAUAUUUUUUGUAGCACUUUGGAACAUCUACAUUGCCUUUCAUAGCUUUGGAGCUAUGUAAAUAUUAAGCUAUGUUGUUUUGCAUAUAAAGCAUGAUUCGUCAUUAAUAAAAUCGUAUGUUUAUCAUGUUUUAAAAAUAUUUUAAGAAAAUCUAAUUUUGCGGGUUUACUAUGAUCAAACAGGGCUCAAAAACAUGGCUUCAGCAAGGCAACUGCCUGAGUUUGGAUCUUGCAAUUUAAAUAAUUUGCCGAUUUGGUGCCCAUAUAUGAUAAAAACCUUCACUUGCAAUGU